AAGGAAGCUCCGCCCAGGCAUCGGACGUCUCUUCAAAGUGAACGCCCUGUCCCGCUAGAGUUACACGAAACUACGGACUUUAUAGUGCAACAGUUACAGUGCACCAGUUCAGGAAUAACUUUACGCCAGCCUUUUAGGCUAAGUGUUGGAAGUAUAAUGCCUGUACGGGUUGUUUUACAAGGCCCUGGACCGUGGGGAUUCCGUCUGGUCGGGGGGAAAGAUUUCGAGCAGCCUCUUACAAUCUCGAGGGUGACCCCAGGAAGUAAAGCUGCUCAGGCUGACCUUUGCAUUGGGGACAUGAUCCUGGCCAUAGAUGGAGAGUCAACAGAGGGCAUGACUCACCUGGAAGCACAGAAUAAAAUCAAAGCCUGUCUUGAGGAAAUGGUACUUUCCAUUGACAGAUCAGAGACAAAAAUGUGGUCCCCACUGGUCACUGAAGAAGGAAAGCCCAAUCCAUACAAGAUGAAUCUGGCAAAUACAGAUACACAGGAGGUAAAACAAAUAGGUUCUGCUCAUAACAGGAGUGCUAUUCCAUUUAAUUCUGGAAGUCCCAGGGUGGUCACCAACCUUUACAAUAACCCCGCUGGCCUGUAUUCCUCUGAGAACAUUAAGAGUUUCAACAGCGCAGUGGAUGAUGUCCAGACUUCUGCUGUCUCCAAUGAAGCCAGUAGGAACUCAGAUCCCUAUAAACCUGGCCAGCCAAAGCCUGCAUUACCUGCAGACUCUGAGGUGUACAAAAUGCUGCAGGAGAAUCAAGAAUCCAAUGAGCCACCUCGCCAGUCUGCCUCUUUUAAAGUUCUGCAGGAGAUCCUGGAAACUGGUGAUGGAGAUAAACCCUCUGGCUUCAGAAGUGUCAAGGCCCCCAUCCCAAAAAUUGGAGCCUCAGUUGGGAAUCCUGAAAGACUCUCACUAUGUGAAAAAUGCGGUUCAGGGAUUGUAGGAAUGAUUGUCAAAGUCCGAGAUAAGUUUCGUCACCCAGAGUGCUACGUUUGCACAGACUGCGGAAUCAAUCUCAAGCAGAAAGGACACUUUUUUGUUGAGGACAAGAUUUACUGUGAGAAACACGCACGUGAACGCGUCACUGCUCCAGAGGGUUAUGACAUUGUCACGGUUUUUCCAAAGUAGAAUCUUGCCAAGAUUCUACUUUAAAACUGCACAUUCCCUUAUGUGGGGUAUUCCUUCUGAAAUCUGUACCACUUUAUUUGGAUAGUCUUCCGAUGAGGCUGCUUUCUUGGCAGCAUGAAUGUUUGAAAAAACUCUUACAUGCUCAGACAGAAGUGCAUAGAUUUAAAGGGAGUUUGGCAACAAUAAUCAGGAAAUGUGAUUCAACAUCACCUAAAUGUGUAUAUAGGGUCUAUCCAGAUUAAGUGCUAUUGUUAUCAUACAUUCCAAUGUCUUCCAUACAUUCCAUACAUGUAUCUAUUUUUAUAAAAGGCUAAUAUUAUUGGUGCUAGGGUGUCUUAAGACCUCUUACUGCAUAAAAAGUUGAUCAUUGAAAUGUAAUCUGUAAUCAUGGUCAUAUUUCUCACACACAUUGGUAUGUAAAAUUUAUUCCCUGUAUGUAUAUUAUCUUUUUGGAUUCUCAAUAUUUUUUUUAUGAAAUAACUUGUUGAGCCAUGGUAGAAAAAUAAAAUGUUGCAUAUCCAUUGUGA